CGUCACAACCCGGAAGGACCAGUUUCUCAGCAAGGACAGCAGCACCUGAAUGUUCGCCCGACUUAACUGUUGUAACUGGCAUGGCGGCGGGGGCGGCGCUGAGGGCUCUCCGGACCCUGCUCCGCCGGGGACCGCACGCGACCCCGGGCAGCCUCCCGGUGCCGGGGGCUCGCGUCCCACCGCCGGCGGCCUCGUGCGUGUCGUCCCCGCCGUGGAGGAGCUCCUCCGUCCGGACGCUGCAGCUGUCCCGAGCCGCGUGCGCGGGACACAACAAGUGGUCGAAGGUGAAAAACAUCAAGGGGCCUAAAGAUGAAGCGAGGGGCCGGAUGUUCAUGAAGUUUGGCAUGUUGAUAAAGAUCGCCGUGAAAGAAGGGGGCCCCAACCCGGACAUGAAUUUAAACUUGGCCCAAGUGCUGGAGCAGUGCAGGAGCAAGAACAUGCCCAAAGCAGCGGUAGAGGCUGCCAUCAAGAGUGCGGAAAAAGCUAAACCGGCGUCCCAGCAUAUGUUUGAAGCCCGGGGGCCCGCUGGGUACCUGCUGCUCAUUGAGGUCCUGAGUGACAAUAACACACGCACCCACCAGGACAUCAAACGCGUGCUUACCAAGAACAGAGCGGCGUUGUCAGACGGAGCGCGCCACAACUUCAACAGGAGGGGGGUGGUUCUGGUGCCGGGGGAGAACGUCUCCACGGAGAGAGCCGUGGAGCUGGCCAUCGAGGCCGGAGCCGAAGACGUCCAAGAGACCGAGGACGAGGAGGAGCGGCCUCUGCUGCAGUUUAUUUGCGACAUGGCGGAAGUGAGGAAGGUGCGGGCCUCGUUGGAACAGCUGGGAAUGCCCAUCACGUCCGCCGGGCUGGAGUUUGUGCCGCGCACCCUCUGCACUCUGGACCAGGAGCAGCUGGAUGCUGCGUCCACGCUGAUAGAGGCCCUCAAUGACUGUCCGGACGUAGUUCGAGUCUGGGACAACAUCCAGGCGGACGGCUGAGAUGAUGGCCGCUGAAUACCUCACAUGUGGGAGAUUUGAUUCCACAGGGAAAAGGACAAAUGUAUCAACCGCUCGACAACGCCAGUGCAAAUCAGUACGAAACGAAUGAGUGCAUUGGCAAUUCUUUCUCUGUGGAACUUGGAAAUGAAAUUUCUUGAACAUUUGCCAUUGUCACCGUGUUCUUACGAUAAGUUCAUUAGCUGCUGGUAUCACAACGGCCCUACAGGGACUUCAUGUGAAGUUUACAGCGUUAGUCCUCAGAGUAAAGCUGAAAGGAAACCCUUUUUGGUGGAUGUUGUAAAACAAUUUUUCAAGUAGGUUUUAAAAAGUUGCAGGAAUAUUAAGAUGCCCCUUUUUAUUAGCUAAUCAUUCAUCGGAUCGUUUACAGAAUGAAAAUGUUCUGUCAAAGUGUCAUUUUUAUAUAGUAAUUAAAGACACAAAGAGCUGUUGUA